GCACCCCGCUACAUUUCCUAAUCGUGAGGCUAGCGUGCUGGAGAGAGCUGGUCAUGAUGCAGAAGACACUCAAGUGUAGUAAGCUUGUCCUGGCUCUUGCUCUCAUCCUGAUUUUGGGAUCUUCUGUUCAAGGUUAUCCUACGCAGAGAGCCAGGUACCAGUGGGUACACUGCAAUCCCAACAGCAAUUCUGCAAACUGCAUUGAUGAAAAGGGACCACUGUUCAACCUCCUUCCAGGUGAACCCAACAGGAUUCUCCCUGCAAGGACUACCAACCCUUUGUUAAUAACAAGACUCCAGAAAAUGAAUAAUGUCUUCCCUCUUUCUGAGGACUAUUCUGGCUCCGGCUCCGGCUCUGGCUCCGGCUCUGGGUCUGGAAGUGGCUCUGGGAGUGGCUUCCUAAAUGAAAUGGAAUGGGAAUACCAACCAGUAGAUAAAAAUGAUGCUUUCUACACUGACUUUCCCAAGGGGAAGAAGCUGCCCUCAGAUAACCUGGAGUUGGGUCAAGAUGGACUAGAAGAUGAUUUUAUUAUAUAAAAGUGAGGGUGUCCCUACCUUGACACCAGGCAAUGUAAUCUGUGUAUUUCGUGAACCAUGGUUAAAUGAUUAGUCUUGGGGAAGUGAGUUUUAUAGAAAUUUGAAACCAGUCUAAAAAGAACCUUAAGUUCUGUCACUUUUUUCCUUCAUUAAUUCUUAAAGGAUCAUGCUUUAAUACUGUUAUCUCUCCUAUUAUGGAAAAAAUACUUACAUUUUUUGGUAUCAUAUUCUGCCAACAUCAUUAUGAAAUUAACUAGACUUCCAUGUCUGUAAAAUUAUUUUAGAGAAAAAAUUAUACUGUUUUUGAAAAAUUCAGUUUGAGAAGCAAGUUGAUAAGCAAUAUUUCACACUUAACUCUUCAGGAACCUAACUGACUGUGAAUUCCAGACAUACCCCAUUUUAUUGUGGAAUGAAAAGCCAACAGAGGGAACUUACAGAGUGGGGAUUUGAUGUGGUUUACAGUGUGAAGGGUUUUACUGCACUAUCACCACUGGACAUUGUGUAGCUAUAACUGUAAUUGAUGAUACAAUUAGAAACUUAAGACCCCAAUUAAAGUACAGUUGUGGUCUCAUACUACAUACUGCUUUGCCCUUUGUCCUGAAUAUGUGUCUAUUUUCAUAUGUUACUCUAUUAAAGCAGAAGUAUAACCAAAGAGUGUCUGGAAUCUCUUUUU